AUGGGCUCUGUAUCCGCCGACGGGCGCUCCCCGACCCUGGAGCAGGUGUGGGCAUGCGACACCAUAGAAAAGGCAGAAGCACUCAUCAAAUCGCAACAGGCGCAAGAGAGGCCGGGAUUUACGCUAGACAACUAUGUUGCAAACUCGUUUGAUCGGUUUUCGGGGGGUGGCAAAAGCCUGCCGGCAAUCAACCCAAAGACGGGCAAGGUUUUUGCGCAGGUGCCAGUGAGCAGCGCGGGCGAGGUCGAGAAGGCACUGCAGGCCGCCACGGCAGCGUUCAAGUCAUGGAGCAAGACGCCCGCACCGGUGAGGUCGAAGUAUCUACAACGGGUGUCGCAGUUGAUCCAGGAGAACAAAGAGCUGUUUGCGGUAUGGGAAAGCAUAGACCAGGGAAAGACGCUGGCGAGAGCGCGGGUGGAAGUAGACCGGGCGGUAUCAAACUUCAGCUACUUCUCAACAUUCAUCCUACAUCAAGAAACAAAAGCCCGCAUGAUUGACGGAGUGGCACUCACUUACGAGCACCGCUCCCCGGCUGGCGUCUUCGCGCUCAUCUCCCCGUGGAACAUGCCUCUUUACCUCCUAACCUGGAAGAUAGCGCCCUGCCUCGCCUUCGGGUGCACAGCGGUUGCGAAGCCGUCCGAGGUCACCUCGAUGUCGGCAUUCCUGCUAUGUGAGGUACUCAGGCAGGCCGAGAUACCAUCUGGCGUCAUCAACAUUGUAUUUGGGGAUGGGCCAACAACGGGGUCGGCGCUGGUGAAAAGCCCACUUGUCAAAGGUGUGUCGUUUACGGGAGGCACCGCAACAGGCGUACAGAUCAGGAGAGACACGGCGGAUCAGAUAUAUAAGCACCUCUCGCUCGAACUAGGAGGGAAGAACCCUACGCUGGUAUUCGAUGACGUGGAUAUGGACAAGGCGGUGCAAACGGCGGCAACCGCUGCGUUCGAGAACCAGGGCGAGGCAUGUUGA